CAUAUAUUUUUUAUUUUAUAUUUUUAAAAUUUUUUUUGGUUAAUUUGAAAAUGAUAAAUAAUGGAAAUUAGGAAAAUAAUUUGAUUUUGAUUUUUAAAUAAUUUUUAGGCUGACGAGGCAAUGAUAUGACGUGUUGACUAACGGUCAAUGGAGUUGACCAUCCAAAUUGACGGUCAAACCAAGUGUCAGGCCAAUUGAGUCUAUAUGGUGCAUAGUUGAGGCGAGGAUGUUAAUUUCUGAAACCACGGGCCAAAGUUAAUUAUAUGGUCAUAGUUCGGGCCAAAAUAAGGUAUUAUCCCACCAAUGUACUACCAACUACCAAACAUCACCACCACGGUAUAUACCUGCCAUAUAUGUCUUAAUAUUUUUGUUAAAAAGUAUAUCAAAGUGGAUGUUAUUUAAAAAAAAACUUUAAUAAUCUAAUUUUUCUAUGAAAAAUUUUAUUAUGAUUUGAUGAAAGAAAUUGAUUGAGUAAAAAGUGAUAUGUCUAACAUUAAUGAUUUAUGAGAUUAUUGGUAGUUAUGCAAAAAUUACCGAUAUGCUCCACUUUGUCUUCUUCUUCCGUUCUUCUUUUCCAGGAAAUUCCUAAAUUUCCAGGCCUACAUCUAAAAUCAAAUCGAGGACAUAUUCUACUUAUGGUAAUCAAAACUACAAAUUGUACCGCCAUAUUAACUAACCUAUUUCAUUCCCGUGGCGGAUUUAAUUUAGAGGUAGUCACGACUCAAUCCUUCUCUGGAUCUAAAAUUAGUAUAGCACCUAUAAAAAUUUCGAUUUUAGAUAUUUAGCUUAGUACUAUUCAGAUCAGGACUCAAUCCUUUCAGCCUCUAUCCAAAUGUGACUCGGUUCUCUACUAUAUACUGGAUCAAGUGCAAUAUUCCAAUACGUUUGGAAGUCUCAUCUCUUUGUCAUAAUAUUCCACCUACUUGACCACAGGAGGCUAGCAUACUUCCUAGCAUGCUCUCUAGGAAUCAAAGAGUCGUUCAGCAUCGAAUCAACAUAUAGUAAACAACAACUUAGUUUGGCCUUGCUGUAGCUUUUGCAGAAACAAUUUCUGGCUGGAGCUUUUAGAUAAGUACUUUAAAAAAAAAGUUUAGUGUUUGGCUGUAAAACUAUUAGAAGUGUUUUUUAAUACGAGUGGAAAAUGACUAUAAAGGACUUAUAAGAUAAAAUAUGAAUAAAAAUUCUAAAUAAUAAGAAGUAGUCAAUUUGGAUCUUGUUAGAUUUCUUUUAUAUUAAAUAAUAUGAUUUUAUAAUUUAUUUUAUUUUUAAAAUAUUAUAAAUGAAGGAAAACUAUAUUUUCUUAAAUAAAAUUAAAAUAUGGUAAGGAUAAUAUUGUAUUUUCAAAACAGCUUUUCGCAGAAGCUCCAAAUCCGAGUUUCUGCUUUUAUGUUACACAAAAGCGUUUUUCGGCUUUUCAAAAGCCGAGCUUUUAGAGGUGUUUGGUCCUGCCUUAGCUUUUAAAGCCGAAAAAACACUUCUAAAAGUCGGGCCAAACAUAGGCAACAUAAGAAAUUAAUAUAUCCAUGCGUAGACAUUAUAAAUCGGCAGAAGAGUUGUAAAGGACUCGUGAAUCGUGAUCCUAAUUAAGACUGCCGGUUGAUCAGAUCAUCGUCUCGCCAUUCCCGUCAUAUUUUGAUUCUCUCUUCUCAUUUUCUUCUUGAAUUUAAAAAUGAGGGUUUUGGAUUUUUUUUUAAUUUAUGAUGAAUUUGUUGUAUUUUAGAUUUGUAAGAGUACAUUGUUUGCUUGGUUAAUUUUUAUCUUGAAUUUGUCUCACAACUUUGUCUUCCAUUAUCAAACCCCAAACGAAAUGUGGGAUUUGCAAAUUCAUGGGGCCCACGGAUUUGAAUCUAAAAAAGGAUCCAAAACCGUGAGGCCCACGAGUUUGUCUCCUUUAGGAAACAAUAGAUUUGUGCCAAAUCCUUGGUGCUUGGAAAUUUGGUGCCAAAUCUAUCACUCAAAUCUCACAAGCAAACGAUACCUUACAGACCAUUUGGUACCAAAUGAAUCAAGAAUUCAUUUCAUUGUAAAAUAAAUUACCGUGUAGAAUUCAUUGUCAAAUUAAAUCUUGUGUUUGGUAUAUUAUAUUCAAAUCUUUGGAAAUACAAUGAAUUGUCGUGUAGAAUUCAUUGUUAAAUGAAUUCCUAUGUUUGGUAUGUCAUAUGUAUAAGUAAUUUAGUUAAUAAAAGAGGAUAAUUAUAUCAUUUUAUUAUAAUUAGUAAAUAAUUGUGGAAUUCAUUUGGAAAUUCCAUCUCAUUUCCUCGGAAUUGCUAUAACUAGUUCCAAUUUCAUAGAAUUCAAAAUUUAGAAUUUAAAAUGAAUUCUUUUAAAUACCAAACAUAAAAAUGAUUCAUUUCAAAAUGAAUUCUUCAAAAUUUGUGGAAUUCAUUUAUACCAAACGGUAUGUUAGCAUUUCCCUUAGUGGUCGUUUGUAUGAGUUUUUUUGGUUAUGAGGUAUUUGUAUGUUAAAAUAACUCAUUUUUAGGUUGUAUGGUAUUUUGGAAAAAUUAAAGAAUCAAAUAUCUUGUUUAGAUGACUAAAAUAUAUGAGUAAUUUGUUAUAUGGUAUUUAUAACAAAAAUUUAGAAAAUUCCAUUAUACCCUCAUAUUUGUAGCCCAUAUAUAAAACAGAAUACCCCUUCCCUUGGCAACCCCUUUGAGCUCGAACAGAAAGGGAAAAUAGGUUGACUCCUAAUUGUAGCUGGUUAGAUAGGUUAGUGUGUUGUUGUUGUUGUGUACCUGGUAGUAUAUUUUGACUCCUAGUUGUGGUUUAUAAUGGAGCCUCUUUUAUUAUCUUGUGUUACAUAAUUGUGAGUUUUAUUUGUUAAAUGUUAGAACUAGAUUAGCCAACAAAAACCAGCAGCAUAUAAGCAAAUAAUAAUAUUCGUAAAUAAAUAAAUAAAUAAAUAUAUAUAUAUAAAAGCAAAUAAUGCUGUCAAAACUCAGCAGCAUAAAGCAACAUUUUGCUGUCAAAACCCAGCAACAUACAAGCAACAUUAUGCUUUCAAAACCAGCAGCAUAUUUGCAAGAUGAAUAGUUGAAAACCAGCAGCAUAUAAGCAAUAAGAUUGCUUUAAAAACUUUGUAGCAUAUAAACAUACGAUUGCUAUAAAAAAAAACCAGUUUAACACUUGAAUAAUACCUGGACAAAAACCAGCAACGUAACACAUCAGCAUUAGUGCAGAUAAAAUUAACAGAUUCUCGCUUGAACAAUACCCAGGUUGUAUGAUAGAGUUGCUUCAAAGCUCCAUUGAAUCCCGAUUCUCGCUUCCUUCGACGCCUACCGCCAUAGCUUUUGAAACCUCUGUCGCCGGCUUUGAAUCCAAAACGCGUUAUUUGUAAAUAACAUAGGCGAAAGGUGUUAUUUACAAUAACGCGUUUUUGCAUUAUUCUUAAAUAACUUAUUCCAAAAUAACUCAUCUUAUAUUAAUUUAAACUCAAAUACGUUAUUUGAUCCCAAAUAACCCAUAGCAAUGAUCCAUCCAAUUAUAUAUACCUAUGAAGUCGUCAUUAGUUAGCUAGCUACCGGCCAUUUGAGGUAUCAAACUCAAAACCACCAAAAUAAAUGGGUUCAUUUGUAGUCGCUCGAGCUGCGGCGACGACGACGACGACCACGUCGCUACAGCUAACUCUACUACUUCUCUGCCUGUUGUCCGCCGCGGCCGCGGCGGACACGAGCUAUAAAUCACGGUGGUGCAGCGAGGAGAAGUAUGCCGCCGGGGGCCCUUACGCUCGCUCCGUGGAAACCAUGCUACUCGACCUGCAAGCGAUUGCCGAGUUCUUCCCGGAUGUCAACGGCACGCUGGUCGUUGACGGCGACGGCGACGGCGGCGGGUCCAUCCCUUGCUACGGUUCGCGGACCUGUUCCUAUACCGACGAAUGGUCCUUUGUUGCCGGAUGUCAAUCCUGCUUCGCUGAAGCAGUGAAGCAGCUCCGGGCGAGAUGCCGGCCGCACAGAAUUGGUGCCCAGAUCAAGCUCAAGGAUUGCUCCGUUCGAUACGAGAAUGUCCGCUUCUUCUAGCUAGUCCAAUAUUUUUUUUAGGGCUUGCCGCCAGCGUGCAGCUUACAGUUACAGAUCGAUCUUCGUGAAAUAAAAGCCCCCGUUGAUUUUAUAGCCAUGUGGUUCCGGUUUUAUAACUGUUGUUAAUUUUUUAAGAUACAAACUUAUUAAGAAAAUUACAGAUUAUAAACAUUUUUUUUAAUGUCACCAUGGUACAAUAUUUUCAUACCACUCAUGUAGUAUCUUAUUAUUACUACCAAACAUUACCACCAAGUUAUAUACUGACAAUGUACUCCGAUAUUUUGUAAAAAAAUAUAUAAAAAAUGGAUGUUAUUUGAGAAAAAAAACAUAAUUGAUUUCAUUUUUCUAUGAAACUUUGUGUUAUGAUUCAAAAUGAAAGAAAUAUAGUUCAUUAAAAUUAAUUUAGUAAAAUGUUAUACUUCUACUCUCAAUGGUUGAUGAGAUUAUUGAUAGUUAUGCAAAAAAAAAAAAAGAGUUUACCGAUAUGCUCCCCUUUGUCUUCUUCUUCCCCUUUGUUAUAUUCCUAAAUUUGCAGACCUUCAUCUAAGUUUUAGUUACAUUCACAAAUUGAGAAGUGCAAUUUUAUAUAAAAAUGUUUGAGUGACAUAGAAACGUAAAAUUAUUAGCGUUUUAUCGUAGAUUUUGACUAGAUUUGUAAAGGAGACGAGUGUGAUUCUGAAUAGAAGCGUUUUGGUGAUCUAAAAAUAACGCAAGUUUUUCAUCUUUUAAAACGCGAUUUCGACUGAAUUGAUUGGUGAUCAAAACUACCAAUUGUACUGCCAGAUUAACUAGCUAACACAGUUUAUUGACAGCGGCGGAUUUUGGGGGAAGCUAAUUCUGCAUAGUUACCGCCAAGCCCUCCUCUGGUUAUAUAGCUAGUACAGCACUUACGUAUUUGGUUUAGUACUUGUUGAAUCACGGCUCAAUCUUUUAUUAUGUCUCUUUUCAAAUGUGUUGUCGCGUGCUCUAUUAUGUCCUGAAUCAGCCUCGUCCUCGAGUCCAUUCCAAUACGUUUGAAAGUCUCAUCUCUUUCUCAUAAUAUUCCAGCCUCUUCCUAGCAUAAUCUUUUUAUAUAUUGUACUCCGUUGUUUGGAGAACCUCUCUGGUUGGUACUCGUGAAAAUUUCUUCACGUAGCACUCAGACUGAAUGAUUUUAUGAAAUUACGUCGACACUUCCACAUAUAUAUAUUAGGGGUAACAUAGGCGAGACAUCUCUAUUUUUUCACCGGGAAAACUUUCAAAUUACCACUGCUUAGCUUUCAAUUCGCCUCUGACCAUCAAAUGAAAUGUGAAUAACACAUCCUCCUCUCUUUGAAACAAGAGGCGCUUCUGGUUCUGUCGGUGCUUGAAAUAAUUUUGACCAGUAUACUACUGUGUCCCGAUUAGUAUUACGUUUGGAAGUCUCAUCUCUUUGUCAUAAUAUUCCACCCUCCUUGACCACAGGAGGCUGGCAUCCUUGCUAGCAUACUCUCUUGGAAUCAAAAUAGUCGUUCAGCACCGAAUCAACAUAUAUUUAGUAA